CGGCUGAAGAAGUUACAAUCCACAGCGGCCAUCGUGUCAGCUCUCAGCUGGCUGCUUCUGCGAAACGACAUCGUCUAAACUGAUCGUUGCAGUCUAUCUUCAUUGCACACGUGGCGACAUCCCCGUACUCGGAAUCAGUCCUCCAGUUCCAGUACCCAAAAAGUUCUGCAGAGCAUCUCUGCUCGAGUUACAGCUUCCCACCUACUGAUACAGAGAAAGUCGGCUAACGGGAAGCGCUGUCGGCAACCUGGAAGAUCGGAGGCUCAUCUGGGCGGUGGAGCUGAGAUGAAUUUGUAAGCUAAUGAGAAGAAAGGCCUGAGGAAAAGAGGAGGAGACGAAAGCUAAGCAAAUAUGCAGGGGUUGAGUCUCCAAAGAUCGCCAUUCAUUUCGCCGGCGAGGUUUCCGUCCUUGACUCCGGUGGAUUCAUUGCCGUGUCGGUGUUGCGUUAGCUUCUCCACAUCGAAACCCAUCUCUACUUCAACUAGAUUCAGAGAUAUCACAAGGCUCAAUUCCGCCCUUCGGACGGUUAGAGCUCAGGCAUCCAACAUUAGCGUUGGAUCAGGGGGAUAUGAAGGUCGGGAGGAGCAAGAUAAGCAGGAAAAGUUGGUGAAUGGACCAACUGACAGUUCAUCUGAAAUCGCGAAACCUCCCACCAAAAUUCCUUAUCCCUUAUCUAUAGCUCUUGUGCUACUUGGAUGCGCUGUGGUAUAUUCCCUUAUAGUCUUUGUGAAGGGUAAACCUUCUGCUAUCUUGGCUGCAAUCUCAAAGUCGGGAUUAACUGCUGCAUUCUCGUUGAUAUUUGUGUCGGAAAUUGGGGACAAGACAUUUUUUAUUGCUGCACUCUUGGCUAUGCAAUAUGAGAAAGGACUGGUUCUUUUGGGCUCAAUGGGCGCUCUUUCACUCAUGACCAUCUUGUCAGUUGUCAUUGGACGUGUAUUCCGGUCAGUGCCGGCUCAAUUCCAAACAACCCUUCCAAUUGGAGAAUAUGCAGCAAUUGCUCUUCUCUUGUUCUUUGGGCUAAAAGCAAUCAAAGACGCAUGGGAUCUUCCAUCAGCCGAGGCGAAGAAUGGUGAAAAGAACAGCCCUGAGCUAGAUGAAUAUGCUUCAGCUGAGGAGCUUGUGAAGGAAAAGCUAUCAAAGCCGCUCACAAAUCCAUUUGAGAUCGUCUGGAAGUCAUUCAGCCUUGUAUUCUUUGCUGAAUGGGGAGAUCGCUCAAUGCUUGCCACGAUCGCCCUUGGUGCUGCUCAGUCUCCAUGGGGUGUUGCAACUGGAGCCAUUGCCGGACACCUGAUUGCUACAUCUAUCGCUAUAGUUGGGGGCGCAUUUCUUGCCAACUACAUCUCUGAAAAGCUUGUUGGCUACGUAAGCGGAGCGCUCUUUCUCAUUUUCGCUAUCGCUACAUUUUUCGGCGUCUUCUAAUGAGAAUCGCUGUGGGAGUCCAACCAUAGUGCACUGUGGUUCAACUUGCAGAGGGACGGUGCAGCUCCAACUCUGGGGGAUGUUGGGCAGAGAGCUAUCGAACAAGCAUUAACGUUUCCCAUGUGUGAAUUUGUAAUCAUACACUCAUAGUGUGACAGAGAGUUGUUCAACUAAUAACCUAUCUUUGGAGGCAAGAAGGUGUACCAUUUCAUUGUAUUGUAGUAGAAGAGUCCCAAAAUGUCGAGUGUCACUGGGAGUUUUGUUGUAACAGUAGAUCGAUCUCUUUAGGAACCUCAGUUAGACUCUGUUCUUGCAUUUGAGAGGACGAACUUCUUGGUAAUGACAAAUUUGUGCUAGUAGUUCUUCAUUGUCUUCUCACUAGUGACUUAAAAACUUCUUUCAAGCAUCUUUUGCUUCUGGCUCAGCUUCUGCCAGCCGCAUUUUUGCCUUGUGACAUUUCCCCUUGUUAGUUUGCUCCAUAGACCCAUGUUUGUGCGGAUGAGAAGUUAAAUGAGUGGUACAGAAAACGCCACGAGUCCUUGGAAGAACAACCAACAUCUUCUUCUUCUUCUUCUUCCCCACUGAUGUACAAGUCCUCGGACUGGGAGUUCCAAAACUUGAAGCCAGAAAAGAUGUCAAGGGCGCCAUCGUUUUCCAUCCAUGGCGAUAUCAGCUGCUCUCUUCCACAACGCAAUCUCACUUCUUUCACCUCCCAAUUCAGAAUGAAACCCUUCCCUAAAUUUUCAACAACAAUGAUGGGCGCUUGCUCAUUUUCAAUAAGACAGAGAGCCACCAGUGGCGGUCGGAGAAAGUCGUCAGCUUUCACCUCGGCAGCCGCGGCAGGAGGUGGAGGAGUGCCGCACCCGCCGCUUGAUUUGACAGAGGAAAAUGUUAGACUGGUGUUGGCUGAAGCCAGAGGCGAGCUUGGGCAGCUGUUCGACGGCGAAGUUGGGAUAACAGGGCAAGCUGAACUUGCUGAGUUAGAUGGGCCAUUUGUGAAGAUUAGUCUCAAAGGUCGGUUCUGGCACGAACGAUCCAUGAUUCUUGCUAGGCUUGGCAAUUAUCUGCAGCAGCGAAUUCCUGAAAUCUUGGAAGUUGAGAUUGAGGACGAGAAAAUGUUGGACGACAGCCCUGCAAAUUUCUGAGGCGCGAGCUGCAUUCCGCGCGGGAAGAAAGGAUGAAAGAUCUCUGUGCCCUGUCUUUAACACUAUCCAUCCAAGGGUUUACAGGGUCCUAGCUAGAGCCAUUGAUCUCUACGACUGUCACUGUAGUGUCUCAUUUCGAGGUUGUCUAAUAAUCGAUGCUUCUCUUUUUCCGAUCCAAAUCGUCUGUGCAAUGCGUUAUGUACGAUCCAAUCGUGAUCGAAGCCUUGUCAGGAAACGAAAGCUGUUCACUUUGAUGAUGGGGAGAUGAUCCAAUGGCAAUCAGGUGGUCCGGACUCUGGACAGACACUCUGAACCUGAGGCAUUCUUUCUUAUAAAAACUGGGGGGAGUCGCAGUAAAUAAUCAGAGUGAAAUAAUUAGUUACAAAACUUGACCAGCCCCUCCUUUUUUUGGCUCUUGAUCUCUGUUUCUACGUGUAGUAAGUGGUAUCAUUCAGUGGGAAACAAAUCAAUCAGAUAUACACUGCUGAGACCGGAACCGUCUAUUUGACAGCAUUUCAACAAUACGCUUCUCGAGCCUCGCCGCUCCUUUGCCAGGUCUCAGAACAUUGGCAUCCCCCCAAACCGAACAAGUACCGUUCGCAGGGUCUCCUAAGCACCACCCACCAGGCACAAUUUCCCCAGGGCUUCUCCCAAGGACGUCACUGUCGAUCCGGUCAAGCACCGGAUCGUCAGGCUGGAACUCGGUGGCGAAUGCAGCUCCACUCUUGAUCAUGGCAUCAAAGUCGGUGGAGUUUAGGGCACGGGGCUCCUGCCUGAAGGACUGAUCCAGGAUUUUGUACUGCAAGUCCUGGUUUAUGACCGUCCUGUUGAAUUGAGGAGAGUUGCAUAGCAGUGUGGGGAAGUAGCUGCUUAUGGAAGACAUUGUGUUUGAGAAGUACAUCAGCAAGAUCCUCGGGAGGUUGUCUGUACCGAGGAUGCUGUGCUCGACGAAGCUACGACUGAGAAAUGAGAAGGAAGAGCCUGCAGGACAGAAAAGUAACUGGUGUUUCAGUCAUCUACGUCUCGAAUUUCCGGUGGACAGCAGCACAACAUAGUUUAAGAGAGAUUGAAGUUACACGCAGCAGUCUUUAACUAUGAAAUCAAAUGGCAAUUAACCAUAAUCAUGUAAUAAACCGCUCAUCAACCAAAAAUGACACAGGAACUGUCAUUUACAGAACCUGCAACCUUUGCUUGUUCAAGAAGGGAAGGCUUAGUUCACUAAUAAGAGUUUCCAACUCGAACAGGACUAAACCUAGGCCGUCUUUUGUCCAAUUGAAGAACACAACACACUAAUUAGGGAAAGUUCAGAAGGCAACAACCAUUAUGAAGUGCAGACAUUAAACAGGCUUCUCCACAAACAACAUCCUAUCCAUGCCAUAUGCAAUCCUGAAUCCGGAGCCGUAAUUGGAAACAGCCUCAUCUCUUUGAACCGCAUUUUCACUCCCAAUGCAGACGCCAUCAUCCACAUUCCUAUAUAGCUCUCUCUCUCUCUCAUUAUCUCUCUUCCCGCUACUCCAUAAAACUUGGUACUUUUGGCCCCCAGAAUCAUGGGAAAACAAACACCCUGAAAAGCUACAUAGAAAAAGGAAAAACACAGACCUGUAAAUAGCUUGAAAGAAGUAGGCAACGGUCGCCGCUGUGUGGCAUGGAACAUGUAGCUUUUCUCGGCCAGAUAAAGCCCUGGAUCAACAAUGAUUGGUUUCAAUCUUCUAGACUCUUUCCAGCCAAUGUAAUUACUGUGACUCACGAAAUUGAGACCUUUGGGCAAGUAGGCGAAAAUAGUGAAGGAAAGUUACCAUCUUGGGUCACAAGAGGGUAAUCGGCGGCUCCCAGGCUGACAAACCAAUCCCAAUUCUUUGACAACUUCAGCAACAGAGAAGCUCCGUGUAAAGUAGCCGCAACCGGCGACGACCCUCUCCGGUAAGUAAAAUCCGGUUUCCCAAUCACAUCCACAUUCUGGGCGGCCCGAAAAACAGGGACCGAUUCGACGGCCAGGGCCAGCCUGUCCCGUUCCGACGGCGGGGCGGAGAGGUCGAGGUGGAGCAAGUAGAGGUUUUUCGGGUGGUAGACGGCGGAAAGGAGGCGGAGGAUCCGACCGGAGUCACCUUUGGAUCCGGUAAUCAGGUAGGCGACGGAAGGCGGGGCGGGAUCGGAAGGGAUUUUGGAGAAGGUGGGCUGCCGGGUCGGGAAGAGGCGCGGGUCGGGUCGGGUACCGGCGGAGGAGGAGGCGGAAUUGGGAGAAGAGGAUGAGAGGGAGAAGAUGAAGAGGAGGGAGAAGAGGGAGAUGGUUAGGAGAACGGAGAUGUUGGUGGGUCUGCGGCCGUUGUCCUUGCCGGCGGCGGUGGGGGUCGUUGGGCGCGGCGACGGCGGCGGUUGUUGGUGCUGGUGUUGCAUUUGCAUCUUGUUUCCGCCGAUCUGGAGUGGGGAAGGAGUUGUGUAUUGGUUUGGGAUGUCGUCUAUAUGUUUUCUUCUAUCUAUGGGCUGACGAGAUUCUUUUCUUGCUUGGGUGUAUCAGUCGGAGUUCCCAAUUUCCUCGGAGGAGGGUUGUGGUGUUCGGUCUGGUCUCUCGGCCUCAAUUAUUGGGCUGUGUCGUGGUGUCGGAGUCUUCUACUCUUAC